GAUACAGCGCGUUCAUGCUGUGCGGCAGAGCGGCGCUAGAGAGGAGGCGUCGCAUUUAUUGUUGUUCGAUGUGGAAGGCAGCUUUUGACUAUUAGAUUGCCCUUUCCCCCGAAGAACAGUGACAACGCGAUUACGAGUGUUUAUAUGUUGUCGUCGAGAUAUUUUGAAAAUGAGUAGGCCUAAAGGUGUGUAACAACGACGAAGCGUCGGCGCCGUAAUGAAUUGCACCUGGCAGCGUCUUGACGGUAGAAGAUGAACAACAAAGACUGCUGAUCCAUCGCGCUUCACUUCAUCUUUGAAAAACAGCAGAGAAUUAUCAAUGUAAUCCUUUUUUCGCGUCCAACCCUGCAGUCUAUGCAACUCCAAUGAUCAAGCAAUGCUUCAGAAGAACGUGUGACUUGCAGUUUGUGACAGUCACCGCGCACGGUUAGGAUCUGAACACGGCGUAACCUGAAGCAGCUGGAAUCGAUGUAACAUAACAAAAUACAGGACAAGAUGUGGGUCAACCCCGAGGAGGUUUUGCUGGCGGGAGCGCUGUGGAUCACCGAGAGAGCAAAUCCCUAUUUCAUCCUCCAGAAACGGAAGGGCCACGGAGACAGCGGUGGAGGACUUGCGGGUCUGCUGGUGGGGACUCUGGACGUGGUUCUGGACUCCAGUGCUCGUGUGGCUCCGUACCGGAUCCUCUACCAGACUCCAGAGUCUCUGGUCUACUGGAUCAUCGCCCAUGGGACGUCUCGUCAGGAGAUAACAGAGCAUUGGGAGUGGCUGGACUGGAACUUGCUGCAGACUCUCUCCAUCUUUGAGAACGAGAACGACAUCACAACCUUCGUCAAAGGCAAAGUUCAGGGCAUCAUCGCAGAGUACACGAAGAACCAGGAGGUGAAGGAGGAAGAGGACAGCGAGAAGUUCAAGGAGUCCACCUCAAAGUUCCUGCGUCUGUUCAGCAUGCCAGAGAAGGAGAUGCUGGUGAACUACUACUCGUGCAGCUACUGGAAGGGCAAGGUUCCCCGCCAGGGCUGGCUCUACCUCAGCAUCAAUCACAUCUGCUUCUACUCCUACAUGCUGGGCAAGCAGGGUAACAUGGUGGUACGCUGGGCAGAUGUCACUCAGCUGGAGAAGAGUGCCACCCUCCUCCUUCCUGACAUGGUGAAGGUGAGCACCAGGACCAGUGAGCACGUCUUCUCCAUGUUCCUCAACAUCAACGAGACGUUCAAGCUGAUGGAGCAGCUGGCCAACAUCGCCAUGCGGCGUCUCCUAGACAACCAGGGCUUCCAGCAGGACUGCUCCCUGCCACGCCUGCGCAGGAAGUCCCCCAAGAAGGUUCCUGCUCUCAAGAGAGAUCUGGACGCCCGGGCGAAGAGCGAGCGUUACCGAGCUGUUUUCCGUCUGCCGAAAGACGAGAAGCUGGACGGCCACACGGACUGCACCCUCUGGACGCCCUUCAACAAGCGCCACAUCCUGGGACAGAUGUUCGUCUCCACCAACUACAUCUGCUUCACCAGCAAGGAGCUGACUCUCUGUAGCCUCAUCAUACCACUACGAGAGGUGACGAUCGUGGAGAAGGCAGACAGUUCCAGCGUGCUUCCCAGACCUCUGUCCAUCAGCACCAAGAACCGCAUGACCUUCCUGUUCGCCAACCUGAAGGACCGAGACUUCCUGGUCCAGCGCAUCUCCGACUUCCUGCAGCAGACCGCGCCCCGGUACCUGGAGAGAGAGCUGACGGGCAGCCUGACCAGCUCAGAGGACGAGGGGUGUUCCCAGGGUUCUCUCCUGUCCAGCAGCCCUCAGAGGAGUCUGGGCUCCGAGGGGUCAGAGGUCGAGCGCCAGUUCAACCUCAACGACAACAGCGUUCCCACAGCGACGCAGGCCCUCAUGACCAUGUACCGGCGACGCUCGCCCGAGGAGUUCAACCCCAAACUGGCUAAGGAGUUCCUGAAGGAGCAGGCAUGGAAGAGCCACUUCAGUGAGUACGGCCAGGGUGUGUGCAUGUACCGCACAAACAGGACGGAGGAGCUGGUACUGCAGGGAAUCCCUGAGAACAUGAGAGGAGAGCUGUGGCUGCUGUUCUCUGGGGCGAUCAACGAGAUGGCGACCCACCCUGGCUACUACGAGGGGCUGGUGGAGCGCUCCAUGGGCCGGUACAACCUGGCCACGGAGGAGAUCGAGAGGGACCUGCAUCGCUCCCUGCCGGAGCACCCUGCCUUCCAGAACGAGAUGGGCAUCGCCGCUCUGCGCCGUGUGCUCACCGCCUACGCCUUCCGCAACCCAGGGAUCGGGUACUGUCAGGCCAUGAACAUUGUGACGUCGGUGCUGCUGCUGUACGCUAAAGAGGAGGAGGCCUUCUGGCUGCUGGUGGCUCUGUGUGAGAGGAUGCUGCCUGACUACUACAACACCAGGGUCGUAGGGGCUCUGGUGGACCAGGGUGUGUUUGAGGAGCUGGCUAGGGACUAUGUUCCCCAGCUGUAUGACUGCAUGCAGGACCUGGGUGUAAUCUCCACCAUCUCCCUGUCCUGGUUCCUCACCCUCUUCCUGUCCGUCAUGCCCUUCGAGAGCGCAGUGGUGGUGGUGGACUGCUUCUUCUACGAGGGCAUCAAGGUGAUCUUCCAGCUGGCGCUGGCCGUGCUGCACGCCAACAUCCACCAGCUGCUGAACUGCAAGGAUGACGGCGAGGCCAUGACUGUGCUGGGAAGGUACCUGGACAGCGUGACCAACAAAGACAGCACCCUGCCUCCCAUCCCCCAUCUGCACUCCCUGCUGACGGACGACACUGCUCCUCACCCUGAGGUGGACAUCUUCAAGCUGAUCCGCAGCUCCUACGAGAAGUUUGGCUCUCUCCGUGCUGAUGUCAUUGAGCAGAUGCGUUUCAAACAGAGACUGAGGGUCAUCCAGACCAUCGAGGACACCACCAAACGCAACGUGGUACACACUACCACACAC